AUGGCCGACAAGAAAGCAAGCGCCUACGGCGCGCCCGCCGGCGACACCGACUUCCGCAAAACCUACGACCUAGACGAAUACGCAGCCAAAGCCAAAGAUCGCGAAGCCAAAGAAAAAGAAGAAGCCAAAGCCCGGUACGAGGCCAAGCUCGCGGGCAAGAAAUACUACAAGCCCCUGACGGGCGACGAGACCCUCACGCAGGCGCGGCGCAACGUCCUGGACCUCAGCGCGCAGGUCGGCAAGACGCAGCUCGUGCCCGCGGGCGCGGGCGUGGGCAAGAGGGGCCGCGGCGCGGGAUUCUACUGCGAGCCGUGUGAUCUCACGUUCAAGGACAACAAGCAGUUUGUGGAGCACUUGAAUACGCCGCAGCACUUGGCCAACACGGGGCAGAAGACCGAGGUCAAGAGGGCGAGUGCGGAGGAAGUGAGGAAGAGGAUUGAGUGGCAUUGGCAGCGGAAGCUGGAUUUGGAAAAGGAGAAGGCGACGAGUUUGCAGGACAGGCUUGCGUUGCGGGAGGAGGAGAAUGCGAAGGAGGCGGAGGAGAGGAGGAAGAAGAGGAAGGACGCGGAAGAGAGGAGGAGGGCUGAGAAAGAGGCGGCGGAGAAGGUGAAGACGGAGUAUGGAGAUGAUGUGAGGAUCGAGGGCGAGCAUGACGAAGAUGAUAUGAUGGCUGCGAUGGGAAUUACCGGGUUCGGAGGAACGAAGAAGAAAUAA